CUUGUGUCGUCCGACGUCGGUUGUGUGGAGAACAAGACCAGGAUGCGAAAAAUUAUCGCACACUUUUAAUUGUCCUUUGAACCUUUUUUGAGUCAGAACACGGAAGACACGGGACAUUUAUUUCGAGAUCUAUUUUCGCGUCCGUACCCAAGUUUCCAGUUUAUACUUCCGGAGUGCCGUUGUCAGAGUCAGGUUUAGAUUAGUUUUCCAGUGUGCUACUCUUAGGUUUCAAUUUGGUGUUGUCGAUUUGAUUAUCCAGGAUUCUAUUCCGUAUUAGAAGGCAGCAGUGGAAGAAGCGAAAAACGUAAUCCAAGUUUUCCAUCUUGCGUGAACGGAGAACCGAAACACCUAUCAAUUGCAUAUGAGUGCUACGUGAACUGUGUGAAGAAUGACGUCGCAGCAGUUUGGCUGUUGGAUGAGGUGAAAACGUUUGAAAAAAUGGAGAAAAUGGUUGCGGAAAUCGACCGCAUCGUGUAAAGUAGUGGAUGCCUUCUGAGAGAAAAAAAAAAUUGGAUUACAGUUGCCAAUAAAUGAUGAUGGAAGAUCCAUUUUUCGUGGUGAAGGACGAAGUAUUCAAGGCACUGAACAAAACACGUGGACUGUACCUUCGGUGGCGCGAACUGAACGAUGCACUUUCCGGUGGCACCACUGCGGAGGCCGACUGGACAACGACCGAGUUGAAAAAUUCCCUACGCAGCAUCGAAUGGGACCUGGAGGACCUCGAGGACACGAUCAGUAUUGUAGAGAAAAAUCCUAGUAAGUUCAAGAUCGACAACAAGGAGCUUUCCAGUCGACGUCACUUCAUCGAUGCCACCCGCGAUGAGGUCAAGUCUAUGAAAGAUCGCAUGAGCAUCAAUCGCAACCGGGAUAGGGAUAUCACUGCGAGACAACCUCUGUUGGACAACUGUGACAACGGGUCACCUCAGAACCAAGUGAAUAAAAAUUUCAUCAACAAUAACUGCAUCAUCGGCAGUGGCGCAAACGUUGGAGGAACGCACCUGAACAAUUUGAACAACAAUAAUCUGAACCUAGCAGGAACCGGGAAGAACCUGAUAAGCUCGGCUGGAGCAGCAAUGGCAGCGUCGCGGCACAGCGGUGCCAAAUACUCCAAGUUGGAGAACAACUUGGACGACAGCCCGACCCAUUAUGCUCCCUCGUCGUCAUCGGUGCUGGAUAGUGGAUCGAAUCGGUUCGUGGAGGACACGCUUAUCACGCAGCAGCGGAUAAUGGUCUCCCAGGACGAGCAGUUGGACGUGAUCAGCGAUUCGAUCGGAACGCUCAAAACGGUUUCACGUCAGAUCGGUGUCGAAUUGGACGAACAGGCCGUAAUGUUGGACGAAUUUGGUAACGAGCUAGAGCAAACGGAUUCGAAGUUGGACUCCACCAUGAAGAAGGUGGCCAAAGUAUUGCACAUAACUAACGACCGUCGACAAUGGAUGGCGAUCGUGGUGCUAUCGAUGGCGCUUGUAGUUGUGAUAGUUAUUUACAUUAUUCUAUAAUUUGUCGUAAUUUUCGUAAAGGCCACCAAUGCAGAGGAAAGCAAGGCAACUUAACAGAGAAGCAUGUAUCCAAGUAGGAAUUUUACAUUCUAAUUAGUUUGAAAUUUUCAAUUCAGAACAGUAUAACCUCUAUGGUAUAACCGUGCAUAUAUAUCGUUCCGUAGCUUUUCUCCCGACUAAAUGCUUGAACAGCUGAUUAUACAUAUUUACUGAACAUAUAAUGAAGAUCGUAAUUUACGUUUAUAUCGAAAGGCUGUGAGGGAAGCGAGAACAUUAUCAGUCUUCGGUAAAAGCUAUCGGAAUACAUGUUCAUUUUACAUAGAUUUUACGUUCCAUAUGAAUACCGAAAUCAUAAAAGCAACAAAAGUUGGAAAGGUCUUGUAAAAGUAGAGUGAUAGUGGUUACACUUAGUCAGUAGAUGUUGAUUCAACUACAUAUAAUGGAUGCAUGUAAAUACAGUGAAUAUGUAUGUUCACUCUUCAGUGGUGCUUGUUGUCGAACAACUUCGGCAGCAGUGUGCCACUGAUCAAGAACAGAACUUUAAUUAUUUCUUCUUUAUAAACCAUAUUAGAGUAUGUAUAAAUAGGUACACAGAUCCUUAUUCGGCCUUUGGUCGAUUUAAAACGGAAUCUGGACCACAGCACUGCAUAGUUUUCUCUCAACAAGAUCUUCUAUCUAAGACUAUUUACUAAUUACGGUAGGAUGCGGUCUACGAAUGAAGGACACAAAUCUAGUCAAAUACAACCUCUUGCAUGAUGGAACGAAACGGGAUGCUAGAAGGAAUGAUAAUGUUUUAUUUUCUGUUUUGUCACCUUUUUCUCAGUCUACGGUAGAUCACGAAAGGAACGAUAGGGAAGCAACCAAAAUUAGUGAGUAAUGAUGGAAAAAAUAUGUAUAUGUAUGAGCCUAUUCAAAGCCAAAUUUAAUCAUAUUUUGAAACACAAGAAGAAAACAUUAGAUUCCAAUACAAAUAGCUGAUAUAUUAAUGAUGAGGUAGAAACAACAUAAAGAAGAAAUAUCCAGAGUAGAGAAAGUAAACCGCAAUAGAAAUGGAUUUUUUAAUGUUUAUUUUUUAUUAAUUUUAGUAUAAUGAAUACUGAAUAAAGGAAAUGUUCAAAAUUCA